AUGGGGUUUGGUACAAAAAUAGAAGUGGAGGAAAAGGAAGGAGAUUCAGUAGAUGAGGAAUUAGAUGUAGUGACAUGUGGAGAUGCAGUAGAAGAUAUUGAAGACAAAGCUAUUGGUCGGGCAACAUCACGAAAUGACUUGUUGACCAUUAGAGAUGCUCUUGAAGUUUCUUCUGAUAUGUAUAAGAAAGAUACUAAUAAUGUGCCAGACUAUUGCCAGCGUCACCUUAUCUCAUUACCUAUUUGGGAGGAAUUACGAUUUUGGGAAGGAUAUUUUGACUAUUUAAUGGAGCAAUCUUCAAACAAUUGUGUGACUGUCAGGACUUUUUCUGCUGCCAAAAUUGCAGCUGUUUGCAUUUAUAAUUUUGUUGAGGAGGUUCGACAGAACAAGGUUGUUCAAGUGGUAACCAACAAUGGGAGUAAUUACCUAUUGGAAAUCAUGGAGGCAUGUGCAAUAUUGGAGACCCAAUCUUUCAAGGUUUCUGGUGAUGAGGAGUUGCUCGUCCUGGUGCAGCCAUUGGUCAUGUCGGCCAACUAUGCAUCUUUGGUGACAGCUCAGCUUGUUGUGUUGACAUCACACAUGGCUGGGCUGGGACUUCCUGAUAACGAUGCUUGGUACAUGAUUGAAACAAUUGCAGAGAGAAACAGCAUUGGAUCCAAGCAAUUUAUAAAAAUCAGGGGGUUCUUAUCUCAUAUCCAGCAAUUACGUAAUGGAUACUGGGGAAUCUCUUCAAUGAAGGCACAGUCUGUGUUAGCACAUGCAUUGCCAUCCCCACAUUCUAAAGACACCAAAGAUGAGAACCAGCAACCCACUGAGGCAACUGGUGUUGGUAGAAGCUGGGUACAGAGUAUGUUCACUCGAAAUCCAACAACUAGAUCCAGCUCAUUUAGUCAUGUUCGUAGAUGGACAUCUGACGGAGGCAACUCAGUUCUACCUACAAAUGAGAAUGGGACUCCUCGUACACAAGAUAUGUUGAGUGGUGGCCAGAAAAAGCUUCAAACCAAUGUACGCAUACUUAGGGGUCAUAACGGUGCCGUUACUGCUCUCCAUUGUGUUACAAAACGAGAAGUGUGGGAUUUGGUAGGUGACCGUGAAGAUGCUGGUUUCUUUAUUAGUGGAAGCACAGAUUGCUCAGUUAAGAUCUGGGAUCCUAGUCUUCGUGGUUCUGAACUCAGGGCAACUCUAAAAGGGCAUACUAGAACUAUCCGGGCAAUAAGUUCAGAUAGGGGGAAGGUGGUAUCAGGAUCUGAUGACUGGUCUGUUUUAGUGUGGGAUAAGCAAACAACUCAACUUCUAGAAGAGCUUAAAGGCCAUGAUGGACCGGUCAGCUGUGUGCGCACGCUCUCAGGUGAACGGGUGUUAACUGCAUCCCAUGAUGGCACUGUGAAGAUGUGGGAUGUAAGAACUGAUAGAUGUGUUGCAACUGUUGGUCGUUGCUCUAGUGCUGUUCUAUGCAUGGAAUAUGAUGACAAUGUGGGAGUGUUGGCUGCUGGUGGAAGAGAUGUGGUUGCUAACAUAUGGGACAUCCGUGCCAGUAGGCAGAUGCAUAAACUUUCAGGACACACGCAAUGGAUACGGUCCGUAAGAAUGGUUGGUGACACUGUGAUCACUGGUAGUGAUGAUUGGACAGCAAGAAUAUGGUCUGUUUCCCGAGGAACAUGUGAUGCCGUCUUAGCUUGCCAUGCAGGGCCAAUAUUAUGUGUUGAAUAUUCUUCUUUAGACAGAGGAAUCAUUACAGGGUCCACUGAUGGCCUGCUACGUUUUUGGGAAAAUGAUGAUGGAGGUGGUAUACGGUGUGCAAAAAAUGUAACAAUUCACAAUGCUGCCAUAUUAUCUGUCAAUGCUGGGGAGCACUGGUUAGGCAUUGGAGCAGCUGAUAAUUCUUUGUCACUCUUUCAUCGGCCUCAAGAAAGACUUGGUGGUUUUUCUGGCCCUGGGUCCAAGAUGGCUGGUUGGCAGCUUUACAGAACACCACAAAAAACGGUUGCUAUGGUAAGAUGUAUUGCUUCAGACUUGGAAAGGAAAAGAAUAUGCAGCGGUGGUCGCAAUGGACUUCUAAGGCUAUGGGAUGCAACCAUUAAUAUUUGA